AUGGGUUCUUGGAAAGCUUUUCUCUUCUCCCCUUUCCUUCUGUGGAGCCCAAGUAGAGGGGUGAGGCUGAUGUUCUUGUUGCUGACCCUGCAUUUGGGAAACUGUGUCGAUAAAGCAGAUGAUGAAGAUGAUGAGGAUUUAACAGUGAACAAAACCUGGGUCUUGGCACCAAAGAUUCAUGAAGGAGAUAUAACACAAAUUCUCAAUUCACUGCUGCAAGGCUAUGACAAUAAACUUCGCCCAGAUAUAGGAGUGAGGCCCACAGUAAUUGAAACUGAUAUUUAUGUAAACAGCAUUGGACCAGUUGAUCCCAUAAAUAUGGAAUACACAAUUGAUAUUAUUUUUGCCCAAACCUGGUUUGAUAGUCGUUUAAAAUUCAAUAGUACAAUGAAAGUGCUUGUACUUAACAGUAAUAUGGUUGGAAAAAUUUGGAUUCCUGACACUUUCUUCAGAAACUCAAGAAAAUCUGAUGCUCAUUGGAUAACGACUCCUAAUCGUCUACUUCGAAUUUGGAAUGAUGGACGAGUCCUAUAUACUUUAAGAUUGACAAUUAAUGCAGAAUGUUAUCUUCAGCUUCAUAACUUUCCUAUGGAUGAACAUUCCUGUCCACUAGAAUUUUCAAGCUAUGGAUACCCUAAAAAUGAAAUUGAAUAUAAGUGGAAAAAACCUUCUGUAGAAGUGGCUGAUCCUAAAUAUUGGAGAUUAUAUCAGUUUGCAUUUGUAGGGUUGCGGAACUCAACCCAAAUAUAUCACACAAUGUCUGGGGAUUAUGUUAUCAUGACAAUUUUUUUUGACCUGAGCAGACGAAUGGGAUAUUUCACUAUUCAGACCUACAUCCCAUGCAUUCUGACAGUUGUUCUUUCUUGGGUGUCUUUUUGGAUCAAUAAAGAUGCAGUACCUGCAAGAACCUCACUAGGUAUUACCACUGUUUUGACCAUGACCACGCUGAGUACCAUAGCCAGGAAGUCCUUACCUAAGGUUUCCUACGUGACUGCGAUGGAUCUCUUUGUUUCUGUGUGUUUCAUUUUCGUUUUUGCAGCCUUGAUGGAAUAUGGCACCUUGCAUUAUUUUACCAGCAACGAAAGAGCAAAGGCUGCUAGAGACAGAAAGCUAAAAAACAAGGCCUCGAUAUCUCCUGGACUCCACCCUGGAUCCACUCUGAUUCCGAUGAAUAGCAUUUCUCUGCCGCAAGGAGAAGCCGAUCACGGGUACCAGUGUCUGGAGGGCAAAGACUGUGCCAGCUUCUUCUGCUGCUUUGAAGACUGCAGGACAGGGUCCUGGAGGAAGGGGAGGAUCCACAUCCGCAUUGCCAAAAUCGACUCUUAUUCUCGAAUAUUUUUCCCAACAGCCUUUGCUCUGUUCAAUCUGGUUUAUUGGGUUGCCUAUCUUUACUUAUAA